UAUUCGUAUUUUACGGUCACGAUGCGUUUGCAAUUGUUGUAAAGUAAAAAGCGUAAAUUAAAAGCGAGCGCUCGGUUUCUUGUGUUUUGUAAACAAAUCAGUUUAAGUUAUAUUUUAAAUGGUGCAUAUAUGAUAUAAUACAAGAUGUGGAAAAUGAAAAUGAAAUAAUGAAUUAAUAUAAAAGUUUAAUGACCACUGAACCGCAAACUAAAAGUAUGCAUCAUCCAAAGGAGCAAAUAUUAAACUGCUUGACAUACGCGCUAUUAGCAAUUGUUUCACUUUGCGCAGUUGUCUUACUAUACGACUUAACUAGUCGGUCUGGAGAUCGAUUCUUUUACUCCAAACGGGAUUCGGUGGUACUUGAUUUAUCAAUAUCCCGUGGCCAGGAGGUGCUCUUGCACUCUGACACGGAAUACCGUGGCCGUAAUGCCAAUUGCACAUUCUGGGAUUGCUUGAACAUCUACAAGUGCGAACAUGACAAGCUCAAAGUAUACAUUUAUCCGCUGCAAGAGUUUCUGGACGAGAAGAGCGAUAAAGUGGCAAGCACAUUGUCCAGCGAGUAUUUUCAAAUAUUGGAAACCGUGCUGAAGAGUCGCUACUACACCUCAAAUCCCAAUGAAGCAUGCCUUUUCCUGCCCAGUUUGGAUCUAUUGAAUCAGGACAUGUUUGAUAAGCAUUUGGCUGGUCCGGCAUUAUCUUCGCUGAAUUUCUGGGAUCGCGGCGAGAAUCAUCUAAUCUUUAAUAUGCUGCCAGGCAGCGCGCCCAACUAUAACACCAUAUUGGACGUCAAUAUUGACAAUGCGAUUGUUUUAGGUGGCGGUUUUGAUAGUUGGACAUAUCGGCCAGGAUUCGAUGUUGCUAUACCUGUUUGGAGUCCAUUGGUGCAGCAAAUUAGCACAGCUCCCAUACACAACGGACUGCAUCGCAAUUAUUUAUUAGUUGUUGCACAAUUGAAUAUAUUGCCACAGCAUGCGCGCACUUUUAAUGAAUUGAAGGCAAAUUCCGCUGAGAAAAUCCUUCAAUUGGGAUCCUGCGGCGGGAAUGAAAUCGAAGCACGUUGCAGUUCGGCGCCACAUCAAAAGCGUUUUGAAUAUCCACGCAUACUAAGACGAGGCCAAUUCUGUUUUGUGGGCCGCAGUCUGCGCGUUGGACAGCCCGAUUUGAUAGAGAUAAUGUCCCAGAAUUGUAUUCCCGUUCUGGCGAUUGAUAAUUUUGUUCUACCCUUUGAGGAUGUGAUUGAUUGGUCGCUGGCCGCAGUGCGCCUAAGGGAAUCCGAAUUGCAUUCGAUUAUACGAAAAUUAGAGUCAAUUUCAAGUGUAAAAAUUCUCGAGAUGCAAAAGCAAGUUCAAUAUCUAUACACCAAUUACCUAAAGGACUUAAAAACCAUCACAAUAACGGCAUUGGAGAUAAUUGAGAGUCGCAUAUUUCCAUUGCUGGCGCGCAGUAGUCGACAAUGGAAUACGGUUAACAAGAAUAGUCAUUCAACAUUUAAUCCCAUAUUUCUUACUUCGCUCGUUCCAAAGUCUCAAGGAUUCACAGCUGUCAUAUUGACAUAUGACCGGGUCGAGAGUCUUUUCCUCUUGAUACAAAAACUUACCGUGGUCCCCUCGCUUCAAAGUAUUUUGGUCAUUUGGAAUAAUCAGAAAAAAAUGCCACCGCAUUUAUCCACAUUCCCAACGAUUGCCAAACCGUUGAAGAUAAUUCAAACUAGAGAGAAUAAGCUGUCGAAUCGGUUUUAUCCAUAUCCCGAAAUAGAAACGGAAGCUAUACUAACUAUAGAUGAUGAUAUUAUUAUGUUAACCAGCGAUGAGCUUGACUUUGGCUACGAGGUGUGGCGCGAGUUUCCGGAUCAUAUUGUUGGAUUUCCAAGUCGCAUUCACGUGUGGGAUAAUUCCACAAUGCGAUGGCACUACGAAUCCGAGUGGACAAAUCAAAUAUCAAUGGUGCUUACGGGCGCCGCAUUUCAUCAUAAAUACUGGAGCCAUAUGUAUACGUAUGCGAUGCCGGGCGAUAUUAAGCAUUGGGUAGAUGAACACAUGAAUUGUGAGGAUAUUGCAAUGAACUUCCUGGUUGCGAACCUUACAAAUAAUCCACCGAUAAAAGUAACUCCGCGAAAGAAGUUCAAGUGCCCGGAGUGCACAAAUACGGAAAUGCUGUCAGCUGACUUGAAUCAUAUGCGCGAGCGUUCGGCUUGCAUUGAUCGAUUCUCAAAGAUCUAUGGACGAAUGCCACUGCGUACGGUUGAGUUUAGAGCAGAUCCUGUUCUCUUUAGAGACAACUUCCCCGAGAAGCUAAAGCGAUACAAUGAUAUUGGUAGCUUGUAAGCAUCCACGCGUCCUUUUUAUUCUUACGUACAUAAUGCUUAUAAGAUAUAUUUAUUUGGUAGUUGAAAUUACCCAAGACUUACGCUCAUGUUUGCGAUUACGAAUAUAAUCCUCAGUUGAAAUAUAUAAUAUUAAAUAUUGUAGAGAA